AUGUUUGUUGAGCUAGGUCUUCCUAGUGACUUCAACACUCUCAAUGGUGACGAAAUUGACGAAGCAUUAGUUCAGGCAGCGGGAAAUUCUCAUACCACAAUAGUCAAAUCCUUGCUUACAAGGAAACCUUAUUCUCUGGAAAUUUUUCUUGAGUCGCUUAAAUCUGCUACCUCUUCUGGUGUUGAAAAGACAAUGCUUGAAAUUAUAGAUCACAUCGUAGGAAUCUCAGAAGGUUCCAGGAUCACCUGGCCAGCAAGUCUCCUAUACAGGGCCGCAUUUCUGGGUCUCGCCCGAUUUGCAAAGAGACUUCUGGAAUUAGGGUGUCUACCUGAGCCUAGAGGCUCAAUGCAAACGGAGCAUGGUGUAUCGCUACUAUUCUUAGCAGCGCGUUGGGGUCAUGUGUCGACAGUUCGUAUUCUUCUAGAGAAAAAUGCCGAAGCGCAGCUUAUGGAUACUGGUGGGCAAUCCGUUCUAUGCUGGACUACGGGAGUUUUACGCAACCCAGAAGUUGCUCAGGUAUUGGUGGGAGAGUGCCAAACUGAUGUGAACUUCACAGAUGAGGAAGGCUUUACUGCACUCUACACAGCUUCUGGUAUGGGAAACUACGUAAGUCCAAUUCAAUUUCUUCUUCCUUUUGCACGAAUGCCAUUAGAAAGUUGUGCUAAUUGCGUGCUCUUUACAUAAAGCUAGCUGUUGAGAGCCUAUUGAAAAUGGGCGCAGACCCAAAUAAAGUUUUUGAGACAUGGGCGUCUUUGCUAGCGGCAGCAAGUGAAGGCUACAUUGAUUCUAUACGUGUACUGCUUGAAGGAGGUGCUUCUCCAGAUAUUCCAACUGCUGAUAGCAAUAUGACUCCCUUGAGCUGUGCAGCAAAUAAAGGUUAUCUGGAUAUCUACCGUCUUCUUCUCUCGAAGGGUGCAGGCAUAAAUAGUCCACUGAUUGUACCCCCCGUUCUCUGCGAUAUGUUGGAAAACUAUAUUGGAAUUCAUCACAACUCUACGCAAUUGGAUGUGAUCAAGUUCCUUGUGGAGAAUGGAGCGGACGUUAACGCAAAGGACUCCGAUGGGAUGACAGCAUUAUCCAACGCGGUGUAUCUAGGCAACGAAACUGUGGUUCAAUAUCUUCUCGAGAAUCGUGCCGAUGCCAAUAUUCCCGACGAUCUUGGUCGAUCAACACUAUACUUCGCUGCUGUCCGAUCACAACACAGAGACAAAGCAGUUGCUUUUGCUUGUUCUCUAUUAGCUCAUGGUGCAAAUAUAAAUCUCCAAACAACACAAGGCAUGACGCCUCUAAUGAUGGCUGCCUGGAACAAUCACACGGACUUUGCGGAAUUUCUGUAG